CGUGUGUGUGUGUGUGUGUGUGUGUCUGCUGUCUCCAGCACUAUCCAGGGCUCAGGCCUGCAGUCCAGACACUUCCUGUAUGUCAGCGACGUCACAGACGCCUUCCUGACACUCAUGGAGAAGGGCAUUCUGGGAGAGAUCUACAACAUCGGGAGCAGCUUUGAGAUUCCCAUCAUUCAGCUUGCCAGAGAACUAGUAAAGAUGAAAGUGAAGGACGUCUCCGAGGAAGUGCUGGAGGACUGGAUGGAGUUUGUUGAGGACCGUCCCGUGACGGAGCUCCGGUAUCCCAUGAUAUCAGACAAACUGCACAAACUCGGCUGGAGACCCAAAGUAACCUGGAAGGAAGGAAUCAGACGGACCAUACAGUGGUAUGAAGAGAAUCCAAACUACUGGCCGUCGAUCCGUGAGAAUGGAGAGGAAUCGCCAGCGUCGUGUGAUCAGACGCCGUCACAUGCAGUGCCUUAUCACAUCAGAUAAUGACGUUUAUUAACUGAUUUAUACAGUAUCUAUGCAAGAUUGUCCAGCAGCUCCUAAACAAAGUGCUACUCAGUGAAGACUGGUGAUGUGAAUGUGAUGGAGGAUUGUUAGAGACUUUAUACUCUAAACAUCAUCAUAAAAUGCCACAGGAUUAAAGAGGACCAA